GUGUAGUGGAUGACAUGUUGGGAUGCGGAAAACAAACGUUUGGCCGAAAAUCUGUCCAGUAAAGUCUCCAGAUUAAAAUCGUUGGCACUGGACAUAGACCGAGAUGCAGAGGACCAAAAUGUAUAUCUUGACAGCAUGGACUCUAACUUUAUGAGUGCCACAGGUCUAUUGAUGGGGAGUGUGAAAAGGUUUUCCACCAUGGUGCGGUCUGGCAGGGACAACCGGAAGCUGCUGUGCUGUUUCAAUUGGACUGGUCUUAAUUUUCUUUCGGCUUUAUUACCUUGA